GGUGUGACUGAAAAGAAGAUCCAAACCCAUAUCCCACACUCACAACCGUACUUCACAUCCAAACCCUCUUUAUGCUCUCGUGCUUUUAUAAACUGAACACAGUCUGAAUAUUCAGUGAUUUUCUUUUUAAUUUCUUUUUCUUUGUCUACGAAUACUCGGGUAAAGCGAUAUCACAGUCAAGUACUUUUGUAGUAGACCCUGUCAUUUUUGCCUGAUUUUUGUAGUUCUCUUUUUCUCUGUUCGGUAGAAAAAACACCACCACAAAUGUCAAGAACUGAAUAUCGCUUUCAUCUUUCGAGUUUGUCGAGUCUGUAUUGAAUCCAGAUUAACGACGCUUCAAUUUAUUGAUUUUUGAACGUCAUGGUAGUCUUUGUUCUCGUUUCAGAAGCAAAAACUGUGCCUCUUUUUUUCCACUUUUUUAUUGAAACUCCUCUUUUUUUCUCUUUCUCUACGGACUGUCGGUGGGAUGUCAGAAAUUAUCAAACGUACCUGUAGAUAAAAUUUCAACUCAACACACUUUGUUUUGAAUUUUUCAAAAAUGGUUAGUUCUCAAUAGAAACUUCAUUAAAACGAUAGUCAUUUUUCAUCAGUAAGUUAUAGAUCUGAAUCUUUUUAAUCUUUUACUUAGUUUCAUGGAGCCCUGCUCGUAGCUAUAACAUGUGGUCGAAUGACGUCUGACAGUUGGAUAUAUUUCAUCGUCUAACUCGAUGUCAAUUGUUUUUGUGAGUCCUUAAUGAAUCUAGAUUUCAAUUAUCAUAGAUAUUUGGUUAAUGUUUAACUAUGCACAUAUUCAUAUUCAUCGUAAAAGUGUUCUCUUCAAUUACACAUGGCCAUCAACAUCUUCAUCAACAAAUUUAAUAUGUUUAUUUCGGGUUAAAUUUACUAAUGAUAAAGAUCUUAAUCAAUGUUUAAAAUUAUUAUGUGCUUAG